AGAUGUGUGAGCAUCUGAGGUCCCUUCCUGAACAAUGCAUUGUGGUGCAACAUUGACGCCUGUGUGCCGAGGUUUCACGUUACAGGUUAUCUGCGUUAAAGGAACAGCAGUCCUGAGGGUUUGAGUCAGUUUUGAAAACUGCCCUGCUAUUGGUAGGGACGCGACAGGAUUACAGCCAAGACUUCCCUGCAUUUUCUGCCAAAAUCUGUCAGAUUUAGGACACAUACUUCUGCAACCUUCCAUGAGGGUUGUGAAAAAAAAAAGUUUGAAUCCAGAAUUGGGUUCCAGGCUUCUUGUAGCUGCUAACAUCAGUGGCCGCACCACCUCCUUACAAAGCAACUAGAACCCGGGGCAUAGGGUGGAGAGGGUUUCCUUUCCUUCCGGAGAAUGCCUUUUGAAACAGUUUUCUCUAGCUGCCUGAUGUCAACUGCUUGGUAAUCAGUGGAUAUUAAAAUCUUCAAAAUGUACAGACAGUGGGCCGUGGUGAAUAUUUUCAUGAUGUCUUAUCUGCACCUGGCACAGGGCUCCAGUUACGAACAUGGAACGGUGAAGCGGGCGUCUCGGUCAACCUUAGAACGGUCUGAACAGCAGAUCAGGGCGGCCUCCGGUUUGGAGGAGCUGCUGCGAAUCACACACUUUGAGGACUGGAAGCUGUGGAGAUGCCGACUGAAGCUCCCAAGUUUGACCGGCACAGACUCCCGCUCGGCUUCCCAUCGGGCCACCAGGUUUGCGGCCACUUUCUACGACCUUGAAACCCUAAAAGUUAUCGACGAGGAAUGGCAGAGAACCCAGUGCAGCCCCAGAGAGACAUGCGUGGAGGUGGCCAGCGAGCUGGGGAGGAGCACCGACACGUUCUUCAAGCCGCCCUGUGUGAACGUGUUCCGGUGUGGGGGCUGCUGCAACGAGGAGAGCCGCGUCUGCAUGAACACGAGCACCUCCUACAUUUCCAAACAGCUCUUUCAGAUAUCAGUGCCUUUGACUUCAGUACCUGAAUUAGUGCCUGUUAAAGUUGCCAACCAUACAGGUUGUAAAUGUCUGCCAACAGCUCCCCACCAUCCAUACUCCAUUAUCAGAAGAUCCAUCCAGGUCCCUGAAGAAGAUCACUGUUCCCAUUCCAAGAAACUCUGUCCUAUUGACAUGCUAUGGGACAGCAACAAAUGUAAAUGUGUUUUACGGGAGGAGAAUCCACUCGUUGGAAUGGAAGAGCACUCUCAUCUCCAGGAACUCGCUGUCUGUGGGCCACACAUGAAGUUUGACGAAGAUCGUUGUGAGUGUGUGUGUAAAACCCCGUGUCCCAGAGAUCUCAUCCAGCACCCGGAAAACUGCAGUUGCAUUGAGUGCAGAGAAAGCCUGGAGAGCUGCUGCCAGAAGCACAAGAUAUUUCACCCAGACACCUGCAGCUGUGAGGACAGAUGUCCCUUUCACACCAGAACAUGUGCAAAUGGAAAACCAGCAUGUGCAAAGCAUUGCCGCUUUCCAAAGGAGAAAAGGGCUGCCCAUGGGCUCCACAGUCAAGAAAACCCUUGACUCCGCUUUUCCCCAAGGUCUCCAUCCCUGACAUUUUAAAUGGCACGCUGCUUUGCCAAGUUGCUGUCACUGGGUUUUUUUUCCCCAGGUACUAGGGAAAAAAAAAAACCUCUAUUUUAUCUGAUACCGCAGUGUAUCCAGACCACCCUUCCAUUGCACACCAGCUGGAUUUUCCUGGUUCACUGACAGAUAUCUUCCACCUGAAGAUAUCCCCGCACAGCAAGGAAUGGAAAGGAGGGAACCUGUGUAACCUUUGUUUUGUUUUUGUUUUUUGGUUUUGGGGUUUUUUUGUUUUUGUUUUUUUUGUGAAUGAGAAAGGUUUGAUCAUCAUACAGUCACAGGUGCCAUAUUGAUUACUCCAUGCUGAUGAGGCAAUUUAAUAGUCUCCAAGUCCUCCACUAAUGCAAACUCUCUUGUGAAUUAUUCUGACUCUUUAUUAUGCAGAUUUUGAUUUGUAGGAUCAGCACUGAUUUUCUGAUUACUGUCCAGCUUGUAGUUUCGAGUUUACUGAACUACUGUCUGUUGUUUCAUAUUUAAGUGUAUUUAAAGAAAAUAAACACCAUUAUUCAAGCUAUAGAAUUUUGUGUUAUUUAAUAUGGUCCCGCUCUAAA